AUGGGUCAGCGAAUUUGGGACAGCUUCAAGAGAGAUCCAAACCAUACCGUCACUGGUCGCGUUGGAGGCCAUGUUGGAGCCGAUGGCUCUGGUUUCGACGCCGAGACUGCUGCGCAUAACACUGCACACUCUCCUUUGCAGCGUCGCUUGAAGGGUCGCCACUUGCAGAUGAUUGCUAUUGGUGGUUCGAUUGGUACUGGUCUCUUUGUUGGUUCUGGAUCAGUUUUGGCAGCUGGUGGGCCAGCCUCGGUGCUCAUCGCCUAUAUUUUGAUUGGAUGCAUGCUUUACUGUACGGUUCACGCUUUGGGUGAAAUGGCCGUUCUCUUCCCCGUCGCUGGUUCAUUUGCCCACUACUCGACCCGUUUCAUCGAUCCUGCUUGGGGUUUUGCUAUGGGCUGGAACUACGCACUCCAGUGGCUCAUUGUGUUACCUUUAGAAAUCGUCGCAGCGUCUAUCACAGUUGAUUACUGGAACUCGUCUAUCAACAACGCUGCUUGGGUGACUCUCUUCUGGGUGUUGAUUGUGUCUAUCAACAUGUUUGGAGUACGGGGAUACGGUGAAGCUGAGUUUGUUUUCUCUAUUAUCAAGGUUGUUGCUGUCAUUGGUUUCAUCAUCCUUGGAAUCAUUCUCAACUGCGGUGGCGGCCCCGAAGGUGGUUACAUUGGCGCCAAGUACUGGUACAACCCUGGUGCCUUCCACAAUGGCUUCAAGGGUCUCUGCAGUGUGUUUGUCAAUGCCGCAUUUGCAUUCGCCGGAACUGAGCUUGUUGGUCUGGCCGCCGCCGAGACGACCAACCCCCGCAAGUCCCUCCCCACCGCCAUCAAGCAGGUAUUCUGGCGUAUUGCUCUCUUCUACGUCGUUUCCCUCACCAUCGUCGGUAUGCUGGUGGCAUAUGACAACGAGAAACUCCUUAGCGGUUCCUCCUCCGCCGACGCCAAGGCCUCUCCCUUCGUUAUCGCCAUCGAGAACGCCGGCAUCAAGGUUCUGCCUUCCAUCAUGAACGUCGUUAUCAUGAUUGCGGUCCUGUCUGUCGGUAACUCCUCUGUCUACGGAUCUUCACGUACCCUCGCUGCCCUUGCCGAGCAGGGGCAAGCUCCCAGGUUCCUGGCCUAUAUCGAUCGCAAGGGCCGUCCCCUCCCCGCCAUUAUCGUUGCAUCUGUCCUGGGUCUGCUUUCCUACCUCGCCGCCUCGGACGUUCAGACUGUCGCUUUCCAGUGGAUGAUGGCCAUCUCCGGACUGUCUUCCAUCUUCACUUGGGGUUCCGUCUGUGGUUCCCACAUCCUUUUCCGCCGCGCCUGGAAGAAACAAGGCCACAGCCUGGAUGAGCUGGCGUUCCAAUCUCAACCCGGUGUCAUUGGAUCAUGGAUCGGUCUUAUCUUCAACUGUCUUGUGCUUAUUGCGCAAUUCUGGGUCGGUUUCGCCCCUGUUGGUUACGCCGAGAUGUCCACCAAUGACCUUGUCUACAACUUCUUCUCGGUGUAUUUGGCCGCUCCCAUCGUCGUUCUUUGCUAUGUUGUGUACAAGAUCAUUUACAAGACCAAGUUUGUCCGCACAUCCGAGGUCGACCUGGCGACCGGUCGCCGUGAGCUGGAUCUCCAGCACAUGAUUGAGCAGGAACGGGCUGAGCAGAAGCAAUGGCCCAAGUGGAAGAAGUUCUACAAGUUCUUCUGUUAA